AUGUAUACCAAGAACAUCCUCGUUGCAGCUUUCGCUACUCUCGCCGCUGCUGCUCCAACAGCCAGAAGCACAGCCGAUGUCCUCGGUCUCAUUGCAACUCACAGCGGUGAUAUCAACGUUCACCUCCGAAGCAUCAACGAGAACGGUCUCAAGUUCUGGAUCGGAAAACCAACUACAACAUACUGCCCAUCCGAAGUUGUAACCAACUGCCCUAACGGCACCUUCACUCAGCUCAUCGCCUCUACCGACAGCGAAGGCAUCUCCAUGAACGUUGAGGUUCCAGGAGGUCAACAAGCAUACGUCGCCAACGACGGUUCUCUCUCCGUCACCCAAGCACACUCCGGCUCAACUGGCACAAACGGACUCCGCGGUCCAUUCUCAUACACCCCAGCCGCCUCCGAAGGCACCGUUGGCCAACUUUCCUUCAACGGAAACGGAUUCCUCGCCUGCCCAUCCGCAGAAGCGAGCGUCUACCAGAUCUUCGCCGCUGGAUAUCCAGGCUUCGUCGCUCCUGAGGGAUGCAUCGGUGUUGGACUCGCGACCUCUGUCAUUGACUCUGCUCCAGUCUGGCAAUACAUCUAA